AUGUCAGAGACUUUGUCUUUACUGACCUGUUGUGCAUACCCGAAGGAGGCAAUUGAAAAUGAAGAGGUUGUAAAGUGGCAAAGAAAACGCAACAAGGAAAUAGAAAGGGAAUUAAAAAGAGAAAAAAAUCGUCUUCGUCGAAAACAAAUGAUCCUGUUAUUAGGGACUGGCGAAAGCGGGAAAAGUACUUUUUUGAAACAAAUGAAAAUUAUCAAUGGGAAACACUUCACAAAUCAAGAGAUUGAACAGUUAAAGGAUGUCAUUUAUGACAACAUUUACAAAGGUGUAUUAUUCUUACUACAGGCAAGAGAAAGUUUGAAUAUCCCAUGGGCUGGUGGAGAUGAUUCUGUUGCUGCUCAAGCUGCCAGAGACAUCGAAUUACAUUUGAAAGAUACUCGAAUGACACGCCGUGAACGUGCUCGACUUAGUCAACCACGUUGGUUAGAAGAAGAGUUUCUGGAAAUUGUACCUGCUCUACGUGCUAUCUGGGCAGAUCCCAGUAUACAGACAGCUUUCGAUCAACGUUCAAAAAUAAUCACAGAGAAUUUUAGCGAAAAUACACGGUACUAUUUGAAUCGUUUAAAUUAUAUUGGAGUAGAAAAUUAUCGUCCAACUAAUGAGGACAUAGUUUGGUCACGUAAACCAACAGAAUCAAUUAUUGAAGAAGAAAUAAACGUUCAUUCGUCAUUGCUUGUAUUUAUUGAUGUUGGUGGUCAAACAAAAGAACGUCGUAAAUGGUGUCAGUGUUUCGCUGAUAUGACUUCUGUCCUAUUCCUAAUUGCUUCUAGUCAUUAUGAUGAACAUUAUCAAGAUCGAUUGACGAAGGAAUUUCGAAAUAAACUACGCGAAGCUAUGAUCGUUUUUGAAGGAUUAAUUAACCAUAUCGCAUUUAGACGUGUUUCUAUCAUUAUUUUUUUCAAUAAAACUGAUAUCCUCAAGGAAAAACUUAAUGCUCGUAUAUCAAAUAUUCGUGAUGAGUUCCCCAAUUAUCCAUUAAAAAUGGAUCCUUAUAAUUUACAAGAUGUUCAAACAUAUAUGGUUGAAACAUUCGCUUCUUUAAUUAAUCAUAAUUUACCUCCAGAUACACGUCUUAUGAAUACAUGUGGUCGUGCAAGCCUUUCACAUUCAUCAUUCAACAGCACGACAAGGCGGUCAUCGCUUCACAGGCAAAAUUCGGCGCCAGUAUCGGCUAAUUUAACAUACGCUGUACCCGUACGAAAACGCAUGAUCUAUCGUCACUUCACAACUGCUGUAGAUAGGCGGAAUAUUGAAACAGUAUUCAAUGCUAUGCAAGACACAGUAUUGCAUAAUAAUUUACGUCGUAUCAUGAUGAGUUGA